AUGUCUUCGCCAUCUACACCACGCUCGACGCGUUCCGUGUCGCCUGCGGGCGACUCGCCGAACAUUGUUACACCGGGCCAAAAGAUCAAGGCCUUGAUGGCUGAAUUUGACAGUGAUUCAGAAGAUGAUAUUCGAAUUGCGAAAUCCACAACCGCAGUGUCGAAGCUUAAUCUACGUGAUUCGCGGUCUUCUCAGACAGGUGAAAAUGGUUCACCCCACGAAUCAAAUUCGGAGAGCGAAGACGACGUUAUCCGGCCAAAGGGCCGGAUGGCGGCUCGAAUGCAGGGUAAAACAUCCAAAUCACCCGAUUCCAAGGAUGACUCCGCAAUUGCUCGCGUGUCAAAGGCCCUGCGGUCAGAGAAAGAAGAGGCCCGGAAGCCGAAACAGACCGAACCGGAAUCCACAUUAGACGAAUCUAGCGACGAUGAUCUUCCUACGGCGGGCCCGAGGAGAAAGACUAAAGCCGCUUCCGACUCACCAGAAUCCGAAACAAACCGAAUCCCUCCCCGAGCCGAAUCUCCUUUAUUCGUCUCCUCCCCCGGCGAGCCUGCUGCCCAAAGUGAGGACGAUAACGAUACCACCGAGAAGCCCAAAGGAAAUUCUCGCUUCCUCGCUCUUGUCGCGCAAAAGCGCAAGGAACGCGAAGAGCGAGAGCAGGUCGAAGCUGAAAAGAAGGCUGCCAGGAGGUCCCAGAUGGAGCAGUUUAGCUCCGAAGUGCUCUCAGGCGAGGAGAGCGGUGCCGAUGACCCCAGUUCUGCACACAAACUGUCGCAGAAGGCCCGUCAGCCCCGAAAAGCCAGCAAGAAGGCUUUGGAUGAGAUGAGACAGGAGACUCAACGAAUGAGCCGUAACAUGCAACUGGCUCACCAGGCUAAGACAAAGAAGAAGAUCACCAAGGAGAGCCUCUUUGCUCGGUUCAACUUCAUGCAACCUGAUCCUCCAGCCGACCAACCCGCGGCAAAUUUAUCCUCCACAAACCACUCACAAAAUUCCGAAGGAGAAGUACCUACUCAAAACAAAGAUACCCCGCAGACUUCUCCAGUCAGUUCGUCAGAUCCGAGAAAAUCGGUCGUUGAAGCCGAGAACACUCAACCCGACAUAGAUAUGGAUGCAGAUGACGAAGAGCUGGUUGACCCUAAUGACAUAUUGACUGGACAAUACCGCCCUGAACCACCAAAGCCACCUCCAGCCAAAGAUGCACCCAUGUCUCAAACAGUCCCUGUCAGACCGAAGCCAGCCUCUCGCCCGGACACUGGACGUCCUUUCCGCGUUAGGAUUUCCAGACAAAAAAUUGCCGAGCGCCAGAAGAAACACGAUUCAGAGGAUGAUUCAGAGGAUGAGCUCGAGAUUGUUACGUCUCCUGGAAAAUGCCGUCGACUUGCAGCAUUUGAGAACCUCCCAACCAGAAAAAUGCAAGAAGACCCCGCAAUGACCAAGCUGAAGGCUUUGGCACACUUGACAUCUCCUUCAAGAAAAGGGGCUUCCAUGAACGCUGCAGAGCUUUCUGCCAGUCUUCUACGCCGUGCCCGGCAGCAAGCUGCCAAGGAGCGUAAAGACCGCAUUGAAGAGCUCAAAGCCAAGGGCGUGGUCAUUGAAACUGCCGAGGAGCGUGCAGCUAUGGAGGACGACAUGGAAAAUCUUGUCGAAAAAGCACGAAAAGAGGCGGAUGAGAUUGCCCGUCUAGAAAGGGCUGCUAAAAAGAAGAAUGGCAAUGCCCACGACGAUGACGACGAGGACCAUGACUACAACCUCUCCGGCUCUGACGAAGAAGGCUACGGGGAAGGCGAUGACGAUGACGAAGACGAAGAAGAGAGUGACAGUAUCAACGGCGGGGAACUCGUCGAACGGGAGGCGGAUGAUGAUGAUGAUGAUGAUGAAGCCGACGACGACAGUGAGGGUGUGCCUUCGGAUGCAGAGGAGGUGCCUUCCGCCAGGCGGAAGCGCCGAACUCGAGUGAUUAGUGAUGAUGAGGAUGAAGACCAACCACAACCGCCAUCGACGCCGAUGAGAGCUCCUAGUCAUAUUCCACAAUCAGCCGAGCGUCCCAAAUUCCCUGGUAUGGCAACACCCGGUGACAUGUCACUAGGUCUAACUCAAGCGUUUGCUUCUACGUUGGAUGGAAACGGCGUUAAUCAAUCACCAUCUUCCACAAUGAUGUUCUCCCUUCCGGAUCCUGGUCAACCUGUGCCACAGCUCCGCAAAGAGGAAUCUGAAAUCCUCGUCCCCGACAGUCAGCCGCAACCCCAAGAAAAAGACUUCGCGCAUGGCUACACACAGAGUGUCUCUCGUGUAUCGGAGUCACCAGCUCCCUACGCCUUCUCGGAGUUCUCCCAGUCUCAGCUACCCGAUCCAACCCAGGAUGAAGGCUUUGUCUUUUCCCCCUUCGACCCUGCCAAAAGAUUCAGAGGCACUCCGCCCGUAUCUACCGUUGAUACCGUACUUGUGGGUCAAACCCAGUCGCCCAUCGCUGACCGCAAAGGCAAAAUGUUGCGUCGGGGACGCGCAACCGAAUUGCUCCGGGUAGAUGAGAAUGAAGGCGAGUUUGAAAUCGACGCCAACGCUUUCAAUGUCAUGAAGAAGGCCAAGGCUACGAAGAAACAGGCCGUGGAAUAUGAUAAGAAAAAUAGCAAGGCCAAAGACAUUGUUGAUGAAGCUGCAGAGGAAUCCGAGGAUGAAUAUGCAGGCCUCGGCGGUCACAGCGACGAGAGUGAUGGCGAAGAGAAUGCCAUUGAUCGCCAGAUGAUCAACGACGACAGUGGCGAGGUGGUUGAUGAAAAGCAACUUGCCGCACUCAACGCUGUCCAUGAUCGUAAUCGUGACGAGAAAGAUGUAGCAAAGCUGAUGCGAGACAUUACUACUGGAGCUCUGCGUCGUCGCAAAAACGCAAAUGACGAUCUUGACCUCGACGACUCCGAUGAUGAGCAUCUGGCUCGUCGUCGCGAAAAGCAGCGGGAAUUUGCCAAGAUGCGUCGAGCUCUGCUUGCAGAUGAAAAGAUCGGCGAGAUUGCCGAGAACCCCAAGAAAGCGGCGUUCUUCAAGGCUGUCGAAGACCGUGAAGUUGAUGAUGAUUUCAAUAUUGACUUCCUCGAGGAAGAAGAGGGUGGCUCCCAAGAACAAUCCCAGGAUGUUGGCUCAGAUGGACAGUCAAAGGACGCAGCCGACAAGCGCAAGCGUCCUCUCGAGCCAUCUGCUGAAGAUGCGACCAACCGACCGCCGCCUAACCUUCGUCGCACUCCUGCCAGCGCAAUUUCAAAGAAACCGGCUACCUUGGCCGAGAUCCGCCAAACGUUGUCUUUCCUCACAGAAACCCCUGAAUAUGACUCCUUCCGCGAAGACGCAUCUCUCGAUGAGGAAGAACACGAGGAAGAUGAAGAUGAAUCCGACGAAGUCCAGGCUGAAGAAGAGCAAGACGACAACACCUCUGCCAAACCCAGUCACCCACGCCGCACCCGUGGCGUCGUGGUUGAUCGAUUGGCCCUCCUCCGCCAGGCAUCGUCCAACUCCGCAACGACGAAGUCCGGCUCUGGCAAUUCCAAGUUUGCAUUCCACAAUGGUGGUAACGGUGAUGGUCCAAUUGGAUUCCGCCCGCCCCAACUUCUACGCCGGGUUACAACUGGUUCCUCAUCAUCCAGUGGAUCUAGCACAUCCAAUCGUGUUUCCAAACCCACAGCUUCUGGCCCGAAGAAGGGUGGCGCUGUCAAUUCAUACACAGCGGCGCGUGAGCGUGAGCGCGAGAAGGAACUUCGCAUUAAAGAGCGCAGUGGCGGAUCGAACAUUGCUAAGUUGCUGGGUAAGCACACUGGUGGUGGCCUAGGUGCGCUGGGCAAGGGCCAGUGGGACUGA